GCAACAGUCCGUCAGCAUACUACUGCGGUGCAAGCCCCCGGGCCAGUCAUCGCCGUUCCUUUCUCAGGCAGAAGGCGAGUUUAAUUGUAAUUUUAGCCUACAGCCCCUCGUCUACGUUCCCCCCCUCCUCCACCGUCCAAGCUUCGAGCCAUGACAACAGCAAUCCAUUAAUACCAUGGCGAAUGCCCCAGCGUUCAUGGACGGCCUUUACCUAAGAUUGAUUGACACGCCAGGGACUGGCCCAUCGCGGUUUAGCCCCGGGCCUGGCCAGCCAAUCACAAACUGCAAGGGACAAGCGCGCGGGUAGCCGCUUUUGCUGCGCUUAGUCAGCCGUAGCCGCGAUGAAGUCAAGCCGAAAAGGACAUCAGAUAUCGGCGGGUCGCCUCAGUGUCGCUCCCUCAUCCCAUCUCGCAUCUCCCCAUCCCGACCGGUGAGAACCAUGGCGUCUGCAAGCAAUGGAGCUACCCCGCUGCCGGAGGAGGUGAGCAAGCCUCCGGAGGGCGUUGUGUUGCCACCUAAGGAUAUUCGAGCUAUCGUCGAGAAGACAGCCGGCUAUGUCGCUCGAAAUGGUGUGGUCUUUGAAGAUCGCGUUCGCGAAAAGGAACGGAACAACCCCAAAUUCUCCUUCCUCAACCCCGGUGACGCAUACGCACCCUUCUACCAAUGGCGUCUCGUCGAGAUCAAGGAAGGGAGAGGGACUGCGGUUUCUGCUGGCCGACCAGGCGAACCAACCCCCGCUGCUGAACCCGAGAAACCCAAGGGCCCCGAAGAACCGCCGGAGUUUCACUUCUCUGCGCGGAUGCCCAUAAUCAAUGCGCAAGAUUUGGAAGUCGUCAAGCUUACUGCUCUAUUUGUCGCUAAGCGCGGAAAGUCGUUCAUGACCUCGCUUGCUCAACGAGAAACUAGGAACUUCCAGUUCGACUUCCUGCGCCCGCAACACAGUCUCUAUUCAUUCUUCACCCGACUCGUCGACCAAUAUACCAUCCUCCUACGCUCCGAAGGAAUCGACGCCGCCACGACAGAAAAGAAGCGUCUCACAGACCUUGCGCACAACGUCCAAAACAAAUUCCAUGUCCUUGACCGCGCCAAACAACGCGCAGAAUGGGUGAAAUACCAGCAGCAACAGAAGGAAAAGAAGGAAGAAGAGGAAGAGCAAGAACGCAUCGCCUACGCGCAGAUUGAUUGGCAUGACUUCGUCGUCGUCGAGACCGUCUGCUUCACCGAAGCUGACGAUCAAGUCGAUCUCCCUCCCCCGACCUCCCUCAACGACCUUCAAUCCGCCUCCCUCGAACAAAAAGCCAUGAUGUCCCUCAACCCCCUCCGCAUCGAAGAAGCCAUGCCCACCGAAGAGGAAUACCCUACAUACUACAACGCCUACCCCCAACAACCCGAACCCGUACCCGUCGUCCAGCCCGCCGGCCCCGUCUAUCCCCCCCAAGGGCUCCCCCCUCAACCCAUGCCCGUUGCCCCUGCCAUGUCUCAAGCCGCCCAGGAGGAAGAACAAUGGAUCCAGGAACGGAUGCAAGCUCGCGAACAAGCCGCCGCCGCCCAAGCAGCCGCCAAAUCCGCCCCGGGGCAGCAACAACAACCAAUGCGCAUCCGCUCCGACUACGUGCCACGCGCGCAAGCCCGUCGUCUGCACCCUACUGGUGCCACGGCACUUUGCCCCAACUGCCACCAGCAGGUACCCGUUGGCGAACUCGAACAGCACAUGCGUAUUGAACUGCUCGACCCUCGCUGGAAGGAGCAGCGCGCCAAGGCGGAAUCCCGCAGCGCAACGACCAACCUCUCCACCGUUGACGUGGUCAACAACCUCAAGCGACUGGCCAGUCAACGGAGCGACGUGUUCGACUCGACCGUCAUUCCUGGCGGCGCAGACCCAGAAGAAGAAGCCCGACGGAAGAAGAUGGCCUUCGAAGGCGCCCCUGGUUCAGGCCCCGUGCCGCCGGUGGUUGGACCUGCCGGUGGGCCGCCCAAUCCUCAGAGUAUGAAUAUCGAAGAGCAGAUUCGACGGAUUCACGAGCGGCAGGCGAUGACGAGGAAAUAAAUUAAGUUGCAUGGUUUUCUUUGCUUUCUCCAUCGGGCAUACUGGGAAUUAGGACCGUGUUUUAUCGGAGGCGUUUUCUAUGUCGGAGUAAAUAAACCUUAUUGAUAGGUCUUCUUUGAGGUGAGACAGAUACUGUUAAUCUCAUUUGUAAAAUCUUGAU